AUGGACGACCCUCCUUUCACCUCCCCAGGCCUCUCACUCAAAAGAGCUGAAGCUACCGAUAUACCCUCUAUCCAGUCGAUCAUCAAUGAAGCAUACUCAAAAUACAUCCCACGCAUGAACAAACCACCAGCUCCAAUGUCAACGGACUACCAGGCCCUUCUCACAUCGCCCGCAUAUACAAUCUUCGUCCUCCGAUCAAGCGACGAGGAUAUAGUCGGCGCAUUCGUCCUUUACCAUGAGGAAAACGCAAAGGAUCUUCGAAUCAAUAAUAUGGUCGUUGACCCAAAGGCGCAAGGCCGCGGCUAUGGAAGAGUAUUGAUGCAGUAUGCUGAGGACCUUGCAAAUUGGCGAGGGUGCACCGCUUUGACGCUGUAUACGAAUGUAGCGAUGGUCGAGAAUCUGGUGUUGUAUCCCAAGAUGGGCUUUGUGGAGAUUGAGAGGCGGACAGAGGAUGGCUUUCAACGUGUUUAUUUUCGCAAAGAGUUAGUAUAA